GGUCGACGAACUUCUCAGGUGAGGUAACGCAGUCUUUUGAAAGCAGCAGUUUUAUCGGACACCAGAAUUUGAACAACUAUCUUCACCACUUUUUCAAACAUGCUUCGUUUCAUCUGGACUGCCUUCCUUUUACCAUGCGCCUGGGCACAAAACAGCAUGCAGGGUGUUGUCGUUGAGGCGAGGAACAUUACUGUUCCAGCAGGGUCAGAUGUCAUUUUGCCAUGUCACAACCAGCAGAUGGUUUGGAGGCAGGAUCGCUUGCGGGACCGCCAGCGUGCCGCGCACUGGGACCUGAUCCGGAACCAACCCGAUUACACUGUGGAACGUGUUGUAGAUAUGUUCUCAGGGGGAACUGAGCGCCUGUAUAAUGACUACAACAAGGGCCGUAUUACUAUCUCAAAAGAUGCCUUCAGUGAUGGCAACUUCUCGCUGGUUAUUAACAAUGUGGACAUGAAUGAUAAAGGUAUUUAUACCUGCAACCUGCAUCACCACUAUUGCAAGGUCCACCAGUCCAUUAAAAUCCAACUCAACAUCACUAAAUCAGCACGAAAGGAGAGACGUGUGUGGGACGGUGAUAAGCCUGUGUUUGUGGUUCUGGUGGGGAAGAGUGUGGUUCUUCCUUGUGUGAACCGUAGACCAUUGUGGACGGACAGUCAUAGAGACGAAGGCCAGCAGCAGGUCGUUCACUGGGACUGGCAAGCACCCGGGGUCACCCGUGACCGAGCAGACCGCCUCAUUGACAUGUACGCCUCUGGAGAAAACCGGCAGUACGGACCGCUGUUCCUCCGGCAGAAGAUGAAUAUCUCAACUGAUGCAUUCUCCAUGGGAGAUUUCUCUCUGAGCAUACAUAACAUUCAACCUUCGGAUAAAGGCCUGUAUUCUUGUCAUCUUCACCAUCACUACUGUGGUCUUCAUGAGAGGCGAAUCUUCAGAGUGAUAGUUGGUCCAUCUGUCCAACCUUUGCCUCCAGCACGUGUCCCUACUGAAGCACCAACAAUUCCCUUUUCCUAUCCAGUCAUACCUGCUGAUGACCCAAACCGACGCAUCGGACAGGGGGUUGGGAGCCAUGUUGUCCCAGGUGGUCGAGGGGGAGGAGUGCCCGGCGCUGUACAUCAGCCGGAAGCUUUUGGCGAGAGGCGAGAUACAAACAUGGUUGAAGCACCUCACGUCCUCAAUGUAAUUCUGCCUGAGAAUCAAACUCACCUCCUGCACCAAGUAGGCUACAUCCUGGCAAUCUUCCUGUUGCUUCUCCUCAUGCUCAUAGGAAUCAUAAUGACCACUAGGCACUGUAUAAAGAAAGAGCCUGUGCUUGAGGUUCGGAAGUACGAGCGCAGGGAUCGAAGGGCAUCAGUUAAGCAAGAUGCCACAGAACUGCAAUCCUACAAUCAAGAAGACUUGCAUCUGGACUAUAAGAAUAACAUAAUGAAAGAAAGGGCAGAGGCAAACAACUAUCCCUCUCCAAAGGUAAUCGAUCUAAACAGAGAAAUGGAAAGAAUGUCAUGGAAGUGAUUCAUGUUGAGCUGCUGGCUGGUCCAGAGCAUGCUGAAUGAGAAGAGUUUCAAAUUCUAUACAAUCAGAGGAGCUUUACAUUUACUUUACAUUGAGAACACAAACUGUAUUUCUGUCUUUUUGCUUCAGCAUAAUUACUGCUUAUUGAUCUAAAACAUGCAUCUUAUUUUGUAAUACUAAAAUUCUGUUAAUAUUGGUAAAUUAUUUGAAGUGAAAUCUUUUUUAAAUGUGCAACAGUGAUUAAACAAUGGUAAACUGUUGAAUUAAGGUUACACAUACUUAAAAAUGUUUUAUGGCCAAUAUGCUGAAUUAAGCAUUUGUAGUACUCUUGUGCUGUUUUCUGUGUGGUAGAAGCCACUGUAUAUGCUAAAUCUGACCAUGUCACAAUGGUACUUACCAGAAGAAGUGCAUAGAAUAAAUGGGGUUUCUCCUCUAAGUAUGGAAAUUUCUUAUAAAACUCAGGAAGUAAACAAAUAGCUGUGGUUUCAGGACUAAGCAGAGAAAGAUGGUACACAAAUUAACCUCAUCGACCUUAUGGCAAUUAAAUGUCUGUACUAUUCUGGUAAGUAUGUGCAUCUAUGUACUUGUCUUAUGGAUUUUUAGUCCUACUUAACCAGGACUUCUUUGGUCCUGUCUGUUUUCAGUCCCUGUUUUACAGCAUUAUGUACAUGGCACAGAACAGUUAAUUUGGUUUUGCAAUAUGAGCAAGACCCAUGUAUCUUUUUUCAUCGUUUUAUAAAUAUAUAUAUAUAUAUAUAUAUAUAUAUAUUUUUUUUUUUUCUAUUUCUUUGGUCAGUACUGCUCAUUUACACAGGUUAGGAAGUGUUGUAAAGAAAAACCCACAAAUCCAAUGAUUUGAAAAACAGUAGGUUUGAUUCAAUCUGGAGAUA